AUGAAGGCCGAGCUCAAGAAGCGCCUGCCUGCUGAGACCUACGCCAAGUACGAACGUAUGGAGGCCUGUCACGCCAACGGGAUGGAGAACCUUCCUCUCUUCAUGGGCGCCGUCAUCCUCGGUAACAUGGCUGGCCUGCCGCAGGGCGAGCUCGCUUCGUUCAGCGCUUCGUUCCUAGCUGUCAGGGUCGCCUACACCGCCGCCUACAUCACCACUUCGACUCAGGCGCCUACACUUGUUCGCAGUGGCCUUUGGAUUGCAAGUGUCUCGAUGUGCUUCCGUACCAUCAUCCGGGCUGCCGGAGCCAUGGCCACCGAAGUCUAG